AUGUUGGUCCAGUUUCUUCUGCCCCCAUACCUCCUAGAUGCUGACCCCAAGGCUCCUCUUAUUCUGGCCAGUGUGGUUUUGGUUUGGGGAUUGAAGCAACAUUGGACUCAGGCCCCACUUCCAAUUAUCCUGGGCAGUGGAACUUGGAGCUGGGAGAGGCCAGGCUUGGAAGAGUUCUUAGCUAAUGGAAAGAUGGGAGUGUGGGCUACUCCCUGCUUAGCUCAUCUCAGGGGACAGGGCAGGCCCUGCAUCUUCCUAGAGCACAGCCAUAGGUUUCCAGGAUGUGAGCUCAACACCAAGGGUGGGGGUCGUUUCCCACUCCAUCUGGGACACUCUUUUGUUCCUUGCCCAGAGGGCCUGCCAGGUCUUUUUCAACCUGUAACAAGAGGUUGUAAGGGAGGUGAGCAGGGAAGCUUCUCGAGUUAUUGGCUACUAUUGUUGUUGUUCAGUCACUCAGUUGUGUCCGACUCUUUGGGACUCCAUGGACUGCAGCAUGGCGGGUUUCCCUGUCCCUCGCCAUCUCCCGGAGCUUGCUCAAACUCGUGUCCAUUGAGUCAGUGA